AUGCUCCAUCUUCAAAAGCCAAUAAAACCCCACCUGCCCCUAAAUGACCUCCUCUUCGUCAUCAAUGCAAGGACCGGAGAGUCUUCCAGUUUAUUCACCCAAUCGAAACCAUGCGAUGAACUCCAGGUAGAUCCUAAUGGGAUAUUCAAGUUCGCUGUCGACAUAGAUCUUGAGUCUUCACUGAAAAAAGAAGCGAAACGGGAGAUAAAAGUCACAUGGAACGUUGUGUUGAGAGGUUGGAAAGCUGUAUUUAAUAUGAUGGAAUCUUGUAGUGGAAAGGCCAGCCUUGUCCCGGAGGCAGAAGACUUGUUUUCCAAGGAGCUUCCAUUGCCGGGGUGUUGCUCAAACAUGGUCACCGCAAGCAGCCUUGUUGCUGAGAUAAAGUUGGGAUUUUGCAGUGAGAAUUGUAUUGAUGAGGAGGAGGGUAUAGAGGGUGACGGCAAGUUCAAGAGAGGAAAGUUGAGUUUGGCCAUCAUGAAUACAAAACAUUGGAGGUACCUAAGCAUGGAUGAUGCUCUGAGACAUUUGCAACACUUUUUGCUGCCUUGCGAUGCUCAAGUCGUUCUCAUCUCUUUUCUGAUCACUUCUGGGAAGCUUGCAUGGUGGUUCCUCUGA